AUGCCCUCCUGGAACUAUAUUGUUUCACUGGUGAAGCGUAUCGACCUUACACUCGACGCAGCUACCAGCCCUAGCGAAGCCGCUGAACGUCAACGCGAUUCAUGGAACGAAGCCGGCAAAUAUGGAAGGGGUUGGGUAUAUUUCUCGCUCGUGCUGCUGGCGUUAACGACGGCUAUUCGAUUCUAUCACACCUGGGGUGACCGAGUCAGAAUCGCUCUACACAAGGAGAACCCAAAAAGAGGAGUUCAAUCGCCUCGCGACGAAUAUGAGCUCCCAAGCGCCGCCACCGAUAGCUCGACGACAUUAUUCUUCCCGGCCCACGCAUCACUUUCUAGAUCGAACAAUGAGAAGCAGAAGCAACAGUCUUCUGUUUCUACUAUCGCGCCCCUCAACAACGCUGUCGCAUUUGCACGAUGGAUCUUUUACAGGUCACUCCCCGAAGUACGACUAGGGAGGUUUCGCAUUGUCUUUCCUUCGCUUGGGGCGUCUGCCGUUAUCUUCGCGGCAUUGACAUUUGUUACGCUCUAUUGCUUCCUUCCAGAGCCGCUCUACUACUCGUCUAUCCGCAUCGGAUCUCCACCGUUGGCUAUCCGGGCGGGUAUGAUCGCGGUCGCCAUGGUUCCAUGGAUUGUGGCGAUGAGUACACGGGCCAACUUUAUCAGCAUGUUGACCGGUAUUGGCCAUGAGAGAUUGAACGUACUUCACCGGUGGGCUGGAUAUAUCUGUCUGUUCCUGAGCCUGGUACAUGCUAUUCCGUUUUAUAUUCAACCCAUCUGGGAGCAUGGUAUGCUGGAGGUAUAUCAACAGUAUCUCCCCCGGAACAUCUACGUCUACGGAACAGGAAUGGCAUGCUUGGUGCCACUCGCUUUUUUGAGCAUCCACUCACUGCCGAUCAUCAGGGACUGGAUGUAUGAGCUGUUUCUGAAGCUUCACCUACCCGCAGCAUUAGUCUUUGUUGCGAUGCUCUUCUGGCACACUAAAGACUUCCUAUCAUCCUGGGCUUACCUGUGGUCAACAUUAGCUAUACUGGUACUAUCGUGGCUUUUCCGGCUGGUUUAUCUCAACUGGACUAAUCCGUCCCGACUUUCUUUUAUGAUUGGCGAGGAAUCUGCCGUCACGAUUCUUCCACAAGGCGCCAUCAAGGUGACGGUUCCCACUCAGAUGAGAUGGAAACCCGGGCAAUACGUGUAUCUGCGCAUGCCUGGCAUUGCAUUCUUCCAAAACCAUCCUUUCACCAUUGCCUCACUAUGCAGUGGGGAUAUGCCAUCUCAUUAUGGCGAGGACUACAGGGACCUCGCCCUUGUUUUCCGUCCUUUCCGUGGAUUCACGAGAACUGUAUUACGAAAGGCCCUCGAAUAUGGACCGUACAAAACCUGGACCGCAUUUCUCGAAGGACCUUACGGCGGUAUGCGUCGUCAAAUGGCGGCGUUUGACGACGUGAUCUUUUUCGCUGGCGGCAGCGGCAUUACCGCAAUUGCCAGUCACCUCUUAGACCUGAUUAAAAAGAUGCGCGAAGGCAAGGCUGUCACCAAAUCCGUCAGAGUCAUUUGGGCUCUGCGGGACCCGGAAUCGAUUGAUUGGUUCAAAGAGGAGCUGCGCAUCUGCCGAGACCAUGCGCCUCUCAACACAGUGCACUGUUACUUCUUCCUUACUGGUGCCAAAGACGCAAGCGGUCAGCCAUUCGCUGUUCAGGAGCAACAGCUCUACCGCGAUAUCGUCCAGGAGAAGAUUUACGACACACUUCAGGACAUUGAGAAACGCAGCUCUGCGUACAUCCGCGAAGAGGCCGCAGGAGACGAGGAGCGCGAGAAAGAGUUGCGCCGAGAAAACGAAGACACCCUCACAGCUCUCCCUCCCCGAAUCUACACCUCGAAUCUACCCCGAGCCUCUAUGCACACAUCUCCGAUGCAGAAUUACGGAUUCUCCCCAUACCAGUCACCCCACCAGUAUCAACAUUCACCCUACCAACUCCAACAAUCCCCAUACCUCCACCAACAGUCUCCGUAUCAGUCUCCGCAGACCCCCUCAAACGUCCCCUUCGACUUUGGCUUCGGCCAACAUCAACAAACCCCACCACAACAACAUCAACAACCACCGCAACUCACAAUCCAAACCCAAUUUCAACAAACUCCCCCCUCCCCAUCCCCUUCGCAAGUACACACAGCGCGUCUAAACCCGCGCUUUGCAUCUCUCCCUCUGCAGAAGAAGAACGGCUGGCGGAUCGACUACACUCGCCCGGAUAUCCCCAAGAUGCUCAACGAGUUCUCGAAUACUUUCGGUCGCCGAACAUGCGUCUAUGUUUGCGGCCCUCCGAGUCUGCGAAUGGACGUCUCGGAUGCCGUCGCGAGACUGCAGCAUUUGGUUAUGACGGAUUCGUCCAAGGAUGAGAUUUUCCUGCAUGCGGAGAACUAUAAUAUCUAA